AUGAUACCGCUACAGAUCUCAACUAAAAUUUUUACUUCAUUCUUUAUUUUUGGACUACUAAACAACAUAUUGUAUGUUAUUAUUUUAUCAGCAGCAAUAGAUCUAGUUGGGUCAGCUACACCCAAGGGUGUCGUGUUGUUGGCCGAUAUUAUGCCGUCUUUCACCUUUAAAUUGGUUGCUCCAUUUUUCAUUCAUUUCAUUCCUUACAAAAUAAGACUAUACUCACUUGUUGGAUUAUCAACCACCGGUAUGUUACUAAUAUCAUUGAGUCCACAGCAGUCUAUCGGCAUGAAAGUAUUUGGCAUUAUGUUGGCGUCAUUAUCUUCAGGGGUGGGAGAAGUGAGUUUUCUACAAUUGACUCACUUUUACACGGUAGGCGACCGAAGUAAUGGGGGUAAUUCAAUAGGAAUUAGUGGAUUUUCUAGUGGUACCGGAGGAGCUGGCCUCUGUGGUAGCUUUUUGUUUAUGUUGAUGACCAACAUGAUCGGCAUACCGGUUAAAAUUGUAUUGUUGAUGUUUGCUAUUUGUCCUUUGGGAUUUUUGGCUACCUAUUACUUGCUACUUCCUGCUCCUGACCACGAAUAUCAUGAGAUUGGAGAUGGGAUAUUUAAUGAAGAAACUGAAGAAAUUGGAAUCGGCACGGCCGAUCUGGACUUACCCGUAGUUUCGACUGUCACUGGGCAUAUAAAGGUAACUGUGGAAAAGAUUAAGCCCUUGAUUAUUCCAUUUGUGAUACCAUUGAGCACAGUCUACAUCUCAGAAUACGUCAUCAACCAAGGUAUCACACCUACUUUACUUUUUCCUUUGAAGGAUCUUCCCCAUUGGCUAUUUUCUAACUACAGAGACAUCUACGUUGUUUACGGAUUCUUGUACCAGCUAGGAGUAUUCAUUUCUAGGUCGUCAAUAUCCUUUGGCAUACGCAUAAAGAGACUAUACUUGUUAUCGGUGUUGCAAUUUGUCAAUGUUAUUAUAACGGUCAUUCAGUCAAUAUAUGACCUUCCAUUCACGUCAAUUUGGUUGCUUUUGAUUCUAAUUCUUUACGAAGGGCUACUAGGAGGCUUUUCAUAUGUCAACACCUUUGUUUCAGUUAGCGAAGGCGUUCCUAAAACCAAACGAGAGUUUAGCUUGGGCUGUGUGAGCGUGAGUGAUGGAAUGGGGAUUGCUAUUGCCGGAUGUAUAAACUUGUGGCUUGAAAGGAAGUUAUGUGGUUUUCAGGUGGAUAGAGGAAGAGACUGGUGCUUGAAUGGAGGGUCGGUAUAG